GUGGACAUUAUGGACAUCUGUGAGUCCAUCCUGGAGAGGAAGCGGCACGACAGCGAGAGGUCUGCAUGUAGCAUCUUGGAGCAGAUGGACAUUGAAGCUGUCGAGGCUCUUGUGUGCAUGAGCUCCUGGGGUCAGAGAGCACAGAAAGGUGACCGGUUGAAGAUAAGACCCCUCACGCCCGUCUCUGACUCUGGGGAUGUGCCCGCCCCUGUGCUUGUGGACGCCGCGCCCGAGCUACCAAAGGACUUGCAUUCUUUCUCAACCCUGUGCAUAACCCCUCCUCAGAGCCCGGAUCUCCUGGAGCCACCACCAGGGGCACCGGUUCCUCUCCGGGGGACCCAUUCCAAAGCAUGCUUGUACGUGGCCCCCGUCCUGGCAGCCAGAGUGCCGGGUAGGAGGGCAGAGCGAGGCCCGCCAGGACUGAAGCCCGAGGUGCUGGAGCCGGCUCCCGGCCACUCCUGCAGGGCCGUGGUGACAAGUGUGAUCCGCCACACUGGGGAGAGUCCUCCUGCUGGCUCCCCAGCCUUGCAGGCCCAGGAAGGAUGGCCAGCCAAGAUCAGAGGGGGAGAGGCACGGUUUCCGGGCCUGUUGGAUGCCCCGCAGGAUGUGCGCCUCCAGGACAGUUUCCUCCUCGCCGGCUCGGCUUCCUGCCAGCCUCGCUCACACGAGUCCGGUGGCCCUCUCGCCAUGGACAAAGGCCAGCAGCCAGGGUGGCCUGCUGCCCUGCAGGCCUGCUCACCAAAGAGUCCAGAUAGUGACCUGCCGAGGAAGAGCAGUUCCCGGCCUGCCCCUCUGAUCUCCGUCCCUGUCUCCAGUCCCCCUGUCCUCUGCCAAAUGAUCCCCGUGCCUGGGCAGGGCGGAGUGUUGCCAGCUUUUCUGAAGACCCCUCAGCUGCUGUCUUCUGGGCCUGGGAAGCCCAUCCUGUCCCAGGCCGUGCCUUCGCCUCAGCCUGUGUUUGUGGGCCCACCCAUGCCCGUGCCUCAGGGAGCUGUGAUGCUUGUUCUGCCGCAGGCCCCCCUUCCCCCGCCUGCCAGCUGCCCUCCUGGUGUCGUGGCUGUGGGCAGCACCAAGCUGCUGCCCCUCGCCCCUGCGCCCGUGUUCAUUGCCUCCAGCCAAAGCUGCGCCCCUCAGGUUGACUUCUCCCGGAGGAGGAACUACAUGUGUGACUUCCCGGGCUGCCGGAAAACCUACUUCAAGAGCUCCCACCUCAAGGCUCACCUGCGCACUCACACAGGGGAGAAGCCUUUCAACUGCAGCUGGGACGGCUGCGAGAAGAAGUUCGCCCGCUCCGACGAACUGUCGCCCGAUUCCCAGAUUCAUCCUGAGUCCCUAAGCCUGCGCUGGGAGGUCCCGGAAGGGUGCCUGGGCUUGCGCCAGUGCUCUCAGGAAAUAAAAGAAGAGUCAGCUUGA